AUGUACCAGGGGAUGGCCAAGAGGUACAGCAAUGCUGGAGUGGAAAAGGCAGGCUACCAUUGGAUGGACAGGGAUUGCUGUGCUGCAUUUAAGAUCCCUGACUGCAUCCUUGGUGAACAUCUGCACUGGGAUGCCUGGAAGACUACCCCGUCCAUUGUUGCUGGAGCGACCUCCGGAAGGCAGUUGAACACCUGUGCCUCACGAUCACAUUAUAACGACAACAUUGUUGUGAAACUGGACUUGUUUCACUGUCUGAGGCGCUUUUCACGGGAGUGCACCUCUGAGCAUCACCCUCUGUUCAGCACUUUCUGCCAGCUCCUCUCUGCUGCCUUCUGUGUUGUAGAUCAGGAAGACCUAAAAAGGCUCCAGGAUGCCUAUAGGUUCUGUGGUAUUCAUCCAGCCAAUCCCACUAAACAACACACACGGGAGCACUGCAGGAUUAAAAUACCCCAUCCAACAGAGCUGCUGGACAGAGUGGAGAGAGUCCUGAGUCACUUUCACCUGGCGACGGACCCUAACAAUGUCCCACUCUUUAAGCCAUCCAUGCUGAAGACAUGGCGAAUUCAGAGAGUGCACAUUCUCCGUGGGUGCCUCAGUGACCCUGAACUCUCCGAGGGCAUAAUGUACAGGUACGGAGGAACUCUUCAGCUGAACCACGUACCUGGUGAAGGUGCCAAAGUCCCAAUCUGGAUCCCUGUCAGAGGUACAUCACAGCAAGAGGGGUACCAUUUCCACCAGGCUCACUGGGUCACUGGCACUCAUGUCUCCCCUGAAUUGUUCCAGGCCCAGGGCAUGACAGGGUAG